AGCUGCUGACCCGUCCGUUUAUUUUUAGGGCGCCACCUCUAUGACACUCAUGUGUCUGUGGUCCGCAGCACCGAGCCACGGCUGCGCGCCUCUCUGGUGUGCGUUACCCACCCGGAAACGACUCACUCGCAGAUGUCCGACGCUUCAUUCUGCAGCGUGAACGCCUGCAUGCACCCAGUAUCCUAUCACCUUAACACCCGGUCCAUAGGAACAUGGAUAUACGUGCUAUUACACUUUGACCUUUACAAUGACCUUACAUCAGAAGAGUACAACAAACACACGUUCUAUUAUGGUGCAACUUUCACCCCCAAUUUUUUUUUUACCAGAUUUAAAUCUCUGUGCUUAUCCUUUUUUAAAUUAUAAUGACCCAUAUCCUCUCAAAGAAUGUUAUCACCACACAACUAAAAUGAUAUAUUUUUUGAAGGACAACCAGAGAAGAACACUGAGGUCGUGCUUGGAAUUUGUUUGGAGUUGUCGUUUUUGCACUGGACAAUUUAAUCCUCUAAAAUCACCAACGCAAUUUUUGACCCGUUGAAAUUUGACUUUUUUCUAUUGUCCAACAAAAUAACUAGUAUUUGUGGUACUUCUCCAUAGUUGUAUUAUAACACCGUGGGUCUUUAUUUCUUCAUCUGAACUGGCACAUGGAGACUGUAAAACAUCUAGAUGUUCCAUGUUGGGAACACUUGAAGUCACAGAAAAUAAUGAUGAAAGGUUCUAUAUAAAUAGAAUAAAAAAUGUUUUGCAGGUCAUUGGAUCCUGUUAAUCCUUACAGACCUCAGUAUUUCUGAUUGGUUUAUGAUCAUAAACGGGUUUUUUUGUGGAAUUCAAUUAUCUAUUCUCAAAAUAGUAUCAUAAGCAGUUUGCACAGACGAAGGGUCUCAGUCCAAAGUGCUGCGGGUCGAAAGCUGCGUGUUCCCUUUAAAUGCGCGCGGCGGAGCGCGGGCAGGAAAUGGGCGGCGGCGGCGGCGGCGGAUGACGUCAUCGACGCGACGCGGUCACGUGUGUUUAUUUGUUUUGAUGCAUCCUGUCUGAUCCUGAUCGUCUGGUUCCCCUCCCCUCCCCCCCCCUGGGAAGACGGUCGUGCGUCGGUGUGCCGCCGAAGCGACCGGUUGUUCCGGGUGUGUCGGUGCAGCCCAACCCCCCUUUCCCCCCCCCACCCCCACCCCGGAGCAUGGCUGAAGGUGGUCCCGAGGCACCGGCCGAAGGCGACGACCCGCCCAGCGUCAGUCACUUCCCCCCGCUCAUCACUGUCUCCAGUCUGCCCAGUGCCACCGCUGCAGGCCGUAACCUGAAGGAAUGGCUUCAGGAGCAGUUCUGCGACAGACCCCUGGAGCAGGAUGACAUGCGGCUCCACAACGCGGCCCACGUGGGAGAUCUGGACACCCUGAGGCGCCUGCUGCAUGAAGACGGCUUUGGACGGCGUAUCAACGAGAAGUCCGUGUGGUGCUGCGGUUGUCUGCCCUGCACCCCUCUGCGGAUCGCGGCCACGGCCGGACACGCUGCCUGCGUGGCCUAUCUGAUCGCCCAGGGAGCCGCCGUGGACCUGGUCGACGUCAAAGGCCAAACGGCCCUGUACGUGGCCGCGGUCAACGGUCACCUGGAGUGCGUCCGGAUACUCCUCGAGGCUGGAGCGGACCCCAACGGGAGCCGACACCACCGCAGCACCCCCCUGUACCACGCUGCCCGGGUGGGGAGGCUGGAAGUCCUGCAGGAGCUCAUCAGGUUCAACGCCGACGUGGACAUAGACCACCAGCUGGGCCCCCGGCUCCUCUUGAGUGCCCGCACCCUCAGCACUUUGGUGGUGUGUCCUCUCUACAUCUGCGCCGCCUACCACCACCUCCACUGUUUCCAGCUGCUGCUCCAGGCCGGCGCGCAGCCCGACUUCAACUACACCGGGCCUGUCUGCCACCAGGCUCUGGCCCGCGGCCUGGCCUCCUGCCUGCUGGACGCGGUGCUGCGUCACGGCUGCGAGGCGGCCUUUGUCCACCUGCUGCUGGACCAUGGGGCCAACACUGCCCUCCUGUCCUGGGAUGAGUCAGAGCUGGAUGCUCCUCACCGAAGGAGGGUGGAUCCUGAGGCACUAAGGGUCUUCCUGGAGGCAAAGAGAAGCCCCCGCAAGCUGACGCACGUGUGUCGGAUCAGGAUCCGCAGAGCGAUGGGCAAAAGUCGCCUAAAGCACAUCCCCUCGUUGCCACUGCCGGAGGCCAUCAAGAGCUUCCUGCUUCACCAAGACUGACGACCUUGCAGCGCCUGACCUCCGACAGAGCUCAUCCCACCCGAUCGAAAAACGACCCAGGCCUCAAAGACGAGCCACACGGUAGAGCUUUUUUGUGAGACCACUUUGCUGAUUGCUCAUUGAUUUCCAAUGAUGAACAGUCAUUAAUAUUAUUUUCCCUACCAUCUUCUGGUUCUUAUAAUCAUGAAUUAAAACGCUUCCUAAUGUGCUGCUGUGUCCUGAAUUGUGGAAACUUGUGUGUGUAAUGUAAAUGUUUGCAUUGUGACUUUUUCCAAAUCAGCAGGUCAUGUCCUGGUCUGACUGCAAGUGUCGCGUUUCAUCUCAACAUUCACAGCGAGAAUGUCAUUUGGUUUGCAAUUGAAACAUGCAAUGCAGUAAACAUCCAGUUCAGAGGCAGAGCUGAUCGAGCUCCUUUGAUUGCUCAUUAAUCCGUAAUAAACCUAGAGUUUAAGCCCUUUACCAACACUCAGCCAGUUUUGAGUUCAACCCAGCAUUCUUAAAGGUGCCAUUUUAUGCAAUAAUCACUUUCAGUGUUUGCUAACCACUGUCGUUUUUUUGUGGACUGGCUAAACCCUACAGCCUGGCUCUGAACGACUAGUCCAGAUUUCCCUCCCACUGUGAUGUCACAGAGGGGCUCUUUCGGGGUAACCCCGUCUGCAAUCUGAUAAUGUCCUCUUCUCUGGUGAAGGGACGUGACAUUUCCUACACGUUUUAAAACCGGUUGACCAAUCACAACAGACUGGGCCAGCUGGCCAAUCAGAGCAGACGGGGGUUUUAUCCACAGAGGGUGAAAAGAGGAGCUGCAGGACUGGGCAGUAUGAGAACACUGAUGCUUUUUCUGAUCAUUACAGCAUGUAAACCUUUUCAAGUGGUGACCCAGAUUAAAAGUAUGGACCUGGAUAUGAGCAUAAUAUGUCACCUUUAAGUUUGCACUGCAGAUCAUUCUAUUCUAAUUUUUUUCUUCUGAUGCAUUAACCACAUAGAUCAGUCUGACCGGAAAGGGGUGGACCACGCAUAUGUAUAACUAUUUACAUUGAGCGCUGAUGUGGUGUUUUUUUUUUUGGCUGUAUGCCUUAAUGUUGAGUUUAGGAAAAAAAUGGUCUCCAGAUCCGAAACUACAAAUGAUAAACCAGAAUGAUAUGUGAAAUCCCACGUGUUCAAUGUAAAGGUACAUUUAUAAAACCUUAAAUGAGCUAUUUAAGCUCCUGGAUUUCGACUAGAACAAGUUGCAAGUUUACAUUUUGGGUCUUAAUUGUUUAAUGUACGCGCUGCCGUCAAAAGCUGACUUUGUGAACUCUCUGUUGACAAUCUGUUGAAAAGUGAAUGAGAUGUAUAUGUGAUGAGUAGAACAAGUUUGAAUAUAUUAGCCAGAAAGCCGUCCUUAAUGUGAGACUUGUUGCACAUUUGGUGUGUUGUGCAAAGCUGUUGCACCGCUCUUUUUUUCCUCAUUUAUUUUACUGUUCAACAUGUUGAAAUGUCCAUGCAUUUUGCUUUGUGUAUCCAAACCUUAUUUGCAUAUAUUAAAUGCAAAUACCUCUA